CCUAUAAAAUAAAUUUUUUCAUUUAUUUAUUAUUUUAAAUGCUUGUAAACAAACAAUUUUUGCUCCUGAAUAGCAAUUUUCACAACACAAGUGGAACAAAAUUCCAUCUUAACUCAAUUGAAUAUCUGAAUCUACCUACAUUGAACAAAUUCAAACCUCAUAAUAAUAUAGAAAUAUGAGUUCAGAGCACAAGAAGAAAAUCCUGCUUUGCGGAGACGUUGAAGGUAAAUUCAAUGCUUUAUUCAAAAGGAUCAAUAGCGUAAUAAGGAAGAGUGGUCAGUUCGACAUGCUCAUUUGUGUUGGUAAUUUUUUUGGCAUAAAUAACAAGGAAUUCGACGACUACAGAUUGGGAAACAAAAAAAUACCUUUGCCGACCUACAUAUUGGGUCCAAAUAAAGCCGAACAUUUGGAUAUGUACCCUGAAGAAGAUGAGGAGCUCUGCACAAAUCUAUUUUAUUUAGGUAAACGAGGAAUGUUCACAGGGAGUACUGGUUUGAGAAUUGCUUAUGUCAGUGGAAUAAGUUGUUCUGCCUCCAAAGAGUCUCAUAAUUAUGAUGGAACUGAUAUAUCAGAACUAUUCGAUUUAUGUGUGCGUGGUAAUCCUGCUUUUAGAGGUGUCGAUAUACUUCUAACCUCACAAUGGCCGACUAGGAUGGCUACUGAAUCUGGAAAGGUUAUGCCAAAUUUUGCGAGUAACUUACCAAACUGGCUCAUUAUGAAACUCAAACCUAGAUAUGUUGUGAGUGGUUUAGAGGGGAAAUACUAUGAGAGGCCCCCUAUGAGAAUACCCACCUUAGGGGACCAUGAUUCUACUGUUGAAAUUGCAACAAGAUUCAUUGGUCUAGGUCGAGUUGAUAACUCUGAUGGGGAAAAAUGGUUAUAUGCCUUGAAUUUAACCCCACUGGAUAAAAUGAAACUUUCCGAGUUGAUCCAGAAAACAACAGAUGAAACUCCUUGUCCAUUCAAUUUUGACGAUUUACAGAAUGAAAUUUUCAAAAUAAAGAAAUCAUCUACCACUCAGCAGUAUUUUUAUGAUACCACACCAAUCGAAGAGCCGAAAUCCAAAAGGCAAAAGAGGGAAAAAGUGGUGUUUGACCAAGAGAAAUGCUGGUUCUGUUUAGCUAGCCCUUCUGUUGAAAAACACCUUAUUGUUACUGUUGGAGAUCAUUGUUAUAUGGCAUUAGCCAAAGGUGGUUUAGUUGAAGAACAUUUCCUUGUUUGUCCCAUACAACAUUAUCAAAACAGGGUCAACCAGCCUGAACCGGUUACUUUGGAAAUGGAACAAUUCAAGAAGGCUCUUGUGAAAUUCUAUGAGAGGGAUUCGAAAGUUCCAAUUUUUUUCGAAAGGAACUACAAAACUUCUCAUAUGCAACUACAAGUGAUUCCGAUUCCCAAGAAGGCUCAACGGGAAUUGAAGGAAAUUUUCAUGGAGGAAGCAGAAGCCAAUGGCUUCAGUUUAUCAGAAGUAGAAUCUUAUGAUCGUUUAGAAGAUGUUCUUCCACCCAAAACUCCAUAUUUUGUUGUUGAGUUGCCAUCCGGUUCAGUUUUAUACACAACAAUCAAGGGAAAUUUCCCUAUUAAUUUUGGAAGGGACGUUUUGUGUACGGGACCCAUACUCGAUUUACCAGAUAGGGUGGAAUGGAAAGAAUGCUGCCUCAGCAAAGAAGAAGAAACUGCUCUGGUUGAAAGGAUCAGGACUGAUUUUGAACCAUUUGAUUUUACAAUAUGAAUAGAUUAUUCUAAUAUAUAUUAGUAAGUUGCCA